CGGGAACGUAAACGGUCGCAAGCUCGCCGGAGGACCAAAGGUGCUCGACCUCGCGACCAUGUCGUGGUCGACGAGGCGCGCGAGAUCCGCGCUCGACCACGACCCCGAUCACAACCCUAACCCCGAUCACAACCCUAACCUCGAUCGCAACCCUAACCCUAACCCGCCGCUCGCGAGGAUCACGGGGGCGAGCGCCGUGCUCGCGCCCAACGGCGCCGCGUACGUCUUUGGCGGCGCUGAGAGACUUCCGGACCCAUCCGGAGACUCGGGUACCCAUGCGGCUCGGGCGCGGCUGGCGACGCGACUGGCGGACGUCAAGGCCGGUAGGAAGGCGCCGAUGAUGUCGGUCAGGGCUCUGGAUCUGGAGACGAGGCCCGCGACGGCGGACGACGGACGCGCGCGACGAUCCCCCGAGGCGAGAAGGGCGGAGGUUGACUCGGAGGGGAACGUGGUCGUCGUCGGGUCGGACCCGGACGACUCGCCGGCGGCGCCGACGACGACCGACGACGAUUCCGAGAUGGAAUGGAUCGACGCCACCCCGUACGCGGACAAGGAGAACGGCGAGAACGGCAAGGACCGGUUCACGGCCAUCGCCCCCGCGCCGAGGAUGCUCCACUCGGCGACGUUGAUCGGCGGCGACGUGUACGUGUUCGGCGGCGUCAUGUUGGGCGCAGACAACGCGGAGAGGAGGGACGACGACGUGGUGUUGGGCGACCUAUGGGCGUACGACGGCGCGGAGGGAACGUGGAGACUCGUUCACCGCGGCGAGAGGUCCACGGGCAUGUCGAGCUCGUCGUUGGGCGGUGGUAAGGCGCAGCUCCCGCCCGCGGAGGCGCCGCCGUGCCCCCGCGCCGGGCACUGCGCGUGCGCUGUCGACGACAGGUUCCUGCUCAUCUGGGGCGGGGACGAGGGGGAGCAACGGGGGAUGGCACCCAUCGACUUGCACGUGUUCGACACCUGGGCGAAUCGAUGGGUCCAGCCCACGGUGCUCGGCGAGGCGCGCGCGCCCAAACCGAGGUCCGGCGCGUCUUCGUGCGUGGUCGGAACGAGGUGGUUCAUCUCGGGCGGCGGGGACGGCGCGGAGGCGAGGCCCGAGACGCACGCGCUCGAGUGCAGGGACGCGAGAGCCGGCGUGUUCCAGUGGACGCUCAUCAACUCCGCGUCCAAGCCGGAGGAUAAGGAGGCUGCCGGUAAGGAAAAGGCGUCGAUGGUGGGCUUCCGAGCCAAGUCUGGGGAUUUCCUGGUUAUGUUCGGCGGCUUUGGCGGGUUCGGCUGCUCGGGGCUGACCCGCGUGAUGCGCGUCUCCACCCGAUGAUUCUUUGAAAUUGGUAUAAAAUUCGUCUCAACAACCAAAAAUCAUUCGACCAUCAAUCAAAAGCUGGCGUCGGGUCCGAACACGUGCUCUCGAAGGGGAUCCGCACCUCGAGGGAACCCCACUAUGA